CUUUCCAUUCCUGAAUAUGAAACCUCCACGUUUGCCCGAACUUCACCGGCAACAGCCGGUAAUAGCAGGUAACCAACCGCCUCUUCUCCUUUCUCUCUCGUUCUCUCUUCUUUCUUCUAUGGCCUUGUGAAGAAGAAGAGUCUGUAAAAGAAAAACUGGAAAGUGAACAGUGGAAAAUAUAGCUUUGAGCUUUCUUCUUCAUUUCAUUCAUACACACAGAGAGGAUGUUCAAAGUCAAAGCCUCUUCCAUUUUUUCCCAUUGUUUCUAGCUCUUUCUCCUUUAUCUAUCUUUUAUCUUCCUCCAUUUUUUUUUUUUUCCUUCCUUAUCUCUUUAGCUGACAAGUCUGUCUUUUUCUUUUUCUCCUUUUUAUUUUUUAAAGUUUUUAUUUUUAUUUUUUUCCCUUCUUCCUCUAUCUUUCAAAUACAACAAUACCCAUCAUUUGGUUUAGCGUAUUCAUUAGCCUUCAUUGUCUCUCUCUCUCUCUCUCUCUCUCUCUCUCUCUUGCUUUUUUCCUUGUAUGUGCUCUGGUUCUGAACCAGAAUGCUUGAAACCAAAAUACACAUUUUGGGAAUCUUGAAUUCUUGACAUGGAAGUUGCUACUUUUACUUGAUCGUGUAUUCUCUCUCUUUCUCUGUGUGUUUCUCUACCUCUUGUUGGGUGUGCUAUAUAUAUAUAUAUAUAUAUUUUUUUUUUUGGGUGGUGGCAGAUAUGGGAGUUCAAGAUUUAUGGUUGAUCAUCAUUGUUUUGGUGUUUUGCUUCCAAGCUCGGGGUCUGAACUCUCAGAGCCUGACAUGCAACCAGAAUGAUUUGAAGGCAUUGGAGGAUUUCAUGAGAGAAUUGGAACAGGUGAUUGAUGGGUGGGGCACAAAUAUCUCUUCCAAUUGCUGUGGAUGGAAAGGGAUAACAUGCAAAUCUUCAUCUUCACUUGGGCUGAGCAAUGUUCCUGAUACCAACAGAGUUGUAAAGUUGGAGCUUGGCAAGAUGAGGCUAGCGGGAAAACUCUCUGAAUCAAUAGGGAGUUUGGAUCAGCUAAGGACCCUCAAUCUCUCUACAAACUUCCUCAAAAGUUCUCUUCCUUCAUCACUGUUUCAUUUGCCAAAUUUAGAGGUCCUAGACUUGAGCAACAACGACUUUUACGGUCCUGUUCCGGAUACUAAUUUGCCUUCAAUCAUAGACCUUGUUAUUUCUGAGAAUUCCUUGAAUGGUUCGCUUCCUGAUGGUAUUUGUGGGAAUUCUUCUGCAAUAAAGUUGUUGAAUCUGGCCGUGAACUACAUCUCUGGUAAUCUUCCUGAUGGGCUUCGGAAUUGUAGUUCCUUGGAAUACCUCUAUCUGGGCACAAAUAAUCUUACCGGCGGUAUAACUGAGAGCAUAUUGCAGCUGCAAAAAUUGACUGAGUUGAAGCUUGAAGAUAACAAGCUUUCCGGGCUGCUGAACGAAGGAAUUGGUAAUCUCACUAACCUUGUUCGUUUAGAUAUAUCCACAAAUAUGUUUUCAGGAACUAUCCCAGAUGUUAUUAGAAACACUGGAAAGUUGCAGUUUUUUGUAGCUCAUUCGAAUAGAUUCAAUGGUACUAUACCCUCCUCCUUGACAAAUUGUCCAACUCUUACUUUGCUAAAUGUGAGAAACAAUUCCUUGGAGGGUCCAAUAAAUAUUAAUUGUUCAGUGAUGGUUAAUUUAACCUCGAUUGAUUUAGGUUCUAAUCGAUUCAGUGGGUCUAUUCCUGAUAACCUUCCAUCCUGUCAAAGUUUGAACAAUAUAAAUCUUGCCCGGAACCAUUUCAUUGGUCCAAUACCGGAAAGCUUCAAAAAUUUCCGUAGUCUGUCUUACCUAUCUCUUUCAAAUUCUAGCAACACUAAUCUUUCUUCAUCUCUAAGAGUCUUACAGCAAUGUCGAAACCUUACUACUUUGGUUUUUAGCUUGAACUUCCAUGAUGAAGAGUUGCCUGCAGAUCCUACUCUGCAUUUUGAUAAGCUAAAGGUGCUUAUUAUUGCUAAUUGUAGACUAAAAGGUUCAAUACCACAGUGGUUGAGUAAUAGCAAGCAGUUGCAGCUGUUGGAUUUAUCAUGGAACUGCUUGGGUGGACCUGUUCCGGCAUGGUUUGGCAAUUUUGGUUCUCUUUUUUACCUGGACAUAUCAAACAACUCAUUUACUGGUGAGAUUCCGAAAAAUAUAACUGAAUUAAGAAGCCUCAUUGAUAGGGAAGUCUCAUUGGAAGAACCUUCCCCAGAUUUCCCUUUGUUCAUGAAGAGGAAUGUCAGUGCAAGAGGGUUUCAGUAUAAUCAGCUUGAAAGCUUUCCUCCAACAAUCGACUUGGGUAAUAACAAUCUUAGUGGUCCAUUAUGGCUGGAGUUUGGGAAUCUGAAAAAGCUCCAUGUUUUGGAUCUUAAAUUCAACAAUCUCUCCGGACCUAUCCCAAGUAAUUGGUCAGGAAUGGCCAGCUUAGAGACUCUGGAUUUGUCACAUAACAAGCUCUCUGGAAUAAUUCCUCCUUCGUUGGUGAAACUUAGCUUUCUGUCCAAGUUUAAUGUUGCAGACAAUCAAUUGCAUGGGCAGAUCCCUGAUGGAGGUCAGUUUCCAACCUUCCCCACUUCAAGCUUUGAAGGAAAUGAUCUUUGUGGUGUUGGUCAUGACCCCCCUUGUAAAUCAGAUAAGCCAACUCCUACUCAGCAACUUAAUAAAGCGAAACCAAGCAUAGGUGUCAUUAUCGGAACGGCUAUAGGGAUUGUACUUGGGAUAGCAUUAUUUCUUGCACUCAUUUUCAUAUUUGUGUUGCGGGUACACAGGCGAGGAGAGGUUGAUGUUGAGAAAGAGGAUGGUAACACUGAUGACAAAGAUUUAGAAGAACUUGGUUCAAGCUUAGUGAUCCUGUUCCAGAACAAGGAAAUCAAUGGAGAACUCUCACUUGAUGAUCUUUUGAAGUCUACAAACAAUUUUGACCAGGGAAAUAUAGUAGGGUGUGGGGGUUUUGGUUUGGUUUACAAAGCCACCCUCCCUGAUGGUAAGAAGGUUGCAAUCAAACGGCUCUCCAGUGACUGUGGUCAGAUGGAUAGAGAAUUUCGUGCUGAAGUUGAAACUCUCUCAAGAGCUCAGCAUCCAAAUCUGGUCCAUCUUCAAGGUUAUUGCACGUAUAAGAGUGACAGGCUCUUAAUAUAUUCUUACAUGGAAAACGGUAGCUUGGAUUAUUGGUUACAUGAAAAAUUGGAUGGCGCAUCCUCUCUUGGUUGGGAUAGAAGGCUCCAAAUUGCACGAGGGGCUGCAAGGGGGCUUGCAUAUUUGCACCAAUCAUGCGAACCCCAUAUCCUUCAUCGAGAUAUAAAGUCCAGUAACAUCCUUUUAGAUGACAAAUUUGAAGCUCACUUAGCUGAUUUUGGUCUUGCAAGGCUCAUUCUACCAUAUGAUACUCAUGUAACAACUGAUCUUGUUGGGACCUUAGGCUACAUCCCUCCCGAGUAUGGUCAAGCCUCUGUUGCUACUUACAAGGGGGACGUGUAUAGUUUCGGAGUUGUUCUUUUGGAGCUUCUAACUGGGAAAAGGCCCAUGGAUAUGUGCAAACCAAAAGGAUCCCGUGAUUUGAUCUCUUGGGUAUUUCAAAUGAAGAGGGAAAAAAGGGAAUGUGAGGUGUUUGAUCCAUUCAUUUAUGACAAGCAGCACAAUGAGGAAUUGAUGCAGGUUCUUGAGGUGGCAUGCCUCUGUUUAAGUGAAUCCCCUAAAAUCAGGCCUUCAACUCAGCAGCUAGUUUCUUGGCUUGACAACAUCAAUGCCAACAUCUAGCUCAUGUGAAGAAAACUCUCGCUUAGCCAUGGAUGUCAUUUCCGCACUCAACAAUCAAAGUUCAAUUCUGACCAUUGGCGCUUUCAAACUCAACUGGGAUCCUGGUGUAAAUACUUACCUGCACAACUUGGUUCUCAGAGAGUUGAUUGUUCUCCAACAUGUACUAGAGAAGAGGAUCAAACUGAAGCAUCGAAAUGCUUAUCUCAAAAAGUUGUAAGCCUUUGCAUUUUGAACUCAAAUUAUGAAGAGAAAUAACAGCUCUCAUACAUAUGUAAAAAUAAAAUUUCAGUUUUUUUUUUUUUUUUUUUUUUUUUUUUUUUUUUGGGGUGGUGCAUUGGUAAUACAGAAUGGAAAGCAUUCUUUCAGGUAAACCUCAGCAAAUUUUAUUUUACUAUACAUCUUUUUGUGCUUUGUUGAGCAGCUGUAAGAAACCAGUAAAAAUCUUUCUAGACUGUUACUUUUAGCAUGUAGUUUGACAUUAGGAUUCGAUCUAUUUCGAAAUGCAUCAUAGCUUGGGUCAAAAUGCAAGAGAUAGAUAACUAUGGAAAGCAAUUAUGGUGGACUAUAAAGCUGAAUCUCCAACUCUUAAGAAGACAUUGGUUUAUAAAAAAAUAAAUGAAAAGAAAAAAAAAAAAGUAUAAAAUAACCAGUAUGCUAAUCUUGGUUAUCUUUUCAUAUUGCUUUCUAAGUAUUAUGUUGGAAAGUUCCAAUUCGCUUCCUUGCAGUUUUUCUAACUUCCAGCUACUAUUUGCUGGUUCAUUAUUUAUUUAUUUAUUCCUUUUUCAAAUGCAUGAGCAACUAGAUCCUGCUCUGUUUGAGUAUUUAAUUACUUACAGCAUUAUCUGAGCAGCUUCAAAACUCUUCUAUGUUUUGCACUUGCAAAUCUUUACUCUCUUUUAUUCUUCCUUUUCAGAAAUUUAUAUUUAUAUUAGGGAAAUGACUGUUUUAUAUGUGUGUAGCUUGAAUUGCUGUAUCAAGAUCAUGAUUUGAUUAUGAAUGAAUUUUGGUUUUCAUUGGUCGUUGCAUGAAAUAUGUUGGUCUAAAUUUUAACUCUUUUUUUCUAUUAUAGUUUUCAUCAGUAAAUGGAUAAAAUUUUCGGUGUGACCAAA